AUGGCCUCUGAGAAAGAAACUAUUACAAUUAAUGGCCAGGAAAUCCACAAGGAUGAAAAGAUUCUGGUUGAACGCGGUGGCAAAUUUGAAUUGGUGAGUGCCUCAAAGCUUAAAGCAUUGAUGCCUUCAGUUGUAGAUGGAAAACCAAAGGACAAAAAGGCGAAAAAGAAGCCUAAAAUUGCAGAAGCUGGUAAAAGAAGCAAAACACCACCUCCACCACAAUCCAAAGAAGCAAAAUCAAAGUCCAAAAAAGCAACACCUCAUUCAGCUCCAGUGAAAUCAAGCAAACCAACAAGAAAUAAAACAAGCACAAUCGAUUAUCAGUCAAUAAAGAGUCCGUAUGCCAUGUCUCCAGAAAUGAAAAAGAUGAUGCGAAAACAGCAACAAGCGAAAGAAGAAAAACAAAGGGAGGAAGAAGAACAAGUACGACUUGAAGAAGAGGAAGCUCGGAAAACAGCAGAAUUAGCAUGGAAAGCUUGGCUUGAAAAUAAGAACGAAGAAAUGAAGAAACAAAAAUCAAGGAGAAGUAGUGGUGAUGCGGAAUCACUUGCUCAGCAAAAACAGGAAGCAGUAAAAGCAUACAAAUCAUGGUUACAUACUAAACAAAAACAACUACGGAAAGAACGACUCCACACGCAACAACUACAAAUUGAGCAGGAUGAAGGGUUUUACUUGCGUGAUCGUAAAGACUGUAACCGAGCUUUCCAUGCUUGGGUUAAAAGUAAGUCAAAAGCAAUUCUGAAGGAAAGAGAAGAUGCAGAAAGGGCACGAAAACAGACAAUAACAGAAGCAAGACGUGCAAAACGCACUCAAGAUUUACUGAAAUCUAUUCAGGAAUCACAGCAAAUGAGAUACGUAGAAUAUUACGGAUAUCGAUUUUGA